AUGAAGACAGCCACAGUCUUGUUUCUGGUGGCGUUGAUCGCUGUGGGGAUGAACAUUACCUGUGCUCUCUCUUCUUCUAAAAAAUUAGAAAAACCUGGAGCAUGUCCCAAGAAUCCCCCAGGAACUAUUGGCAUUUGUGCUGAACUGUGCUCAGGAGAUCAAUCAUGCCCUGGCAAAAUGAAAUGCUGUAGCAAUGGCUGUGGUAAUGUCUGCAAAAUUCCUGUCUUUUGCUUCUUAUUCUCACAUCCUAUUGACACUUCUGAUUAA